AUGGGAUACAGUGGUUCGUUGAACAACGCAAACUAUUUGAAGGCUUGUUUUUCGAAGCCGUAUAAGUUCUUCAUUCACUCAGUGGUUCAUGCACUUAGUCAUAGAAAGGGUGGAUACGACGUGAUGAAAGAUUACCAGAUAUGUAUGGUGAUUGCGUUAGUGUUGAACAAAAAGUAUAACUUUUCAAGAAUCGUUUUCCACUACAUGAAAGAGAAUAUUACUUCUAAAAGUCGAAGUUGGAUGUAUCCGAGGUUUGUGCAAAUGAUGCUUGAUCAUGCCUAUCCGGAUCUGGUGAAAGAUGAAGAUAAUGAUCUUUUGGUGUUGAAUCACAUGGAUAACGAGACGUUGAUCAGAUUAUCCAAGUAUCACAAAAAUUGGCCAAAACCCAAGACAAAGGCAGAGUUAUUUGGAUUCAUCAAGAGUGCUAACUACGAAGAUCCAGAUCCUAUGAAUCAUUUGAAGUGGAGAAAUGACGAAGAGAUGAAUGAGAAAAAUGCAGAUGAUGAAUUAACAAAGUUAGCAGAAUUCAAGGAAACAUGUAAUGAGUGGUUUACAAAAGAAGAAAAGAAGAAAAGAGAGAGAAAGAGAACUCCUAAAGUUCAAGCUGAAGAAGGUUCGUCUUCACAACCGCAGAGGAAACGAAAGAAGAAAACUAUUGAAACAAUGUUGGUCGAUGAACCUGAAGAAGAUGAAACAGAAGUAAAUGUUGACAUAGAUCAAGAUCCAGUAUCUCCUGAAGCUGAACAUUUGUUGAAAAGUAUUAACGAAAAUGUGGAUGCUGAGAAAGCAGCUGGUGAGAAAGUGGGUGACGAUGAAGAGAAAAGUUCAUCUAGUUCUGAAGAUGAUAUUGAUGUUGAGUCUGAUCGUUGGAUUAAAGAAAAUUAUGAUCCAAGGGAUAGAUUGAUAAAAAGGAAAAGAAAAAGGAGUGCGGAUGACGAUGAUGAUGAAGCGUAUGUUCCAUCCCCAGAAAAUGUCAGGAAGUACAAACACCACCUUCUGCAGGAAGAAAUAAAUCUACUUCAAGGAAACGUGUUCAAUCUCCAGCUGUCCGAAAAAGAUAUAUCUCUUGAAAAGAUUGAUGAUUUUAGUUUUGUGAAUGAUAAUCGGGUAAAAAAGUUACAAAAGAAUGUUGAUGAAGUAUUAGUUGAGAAAGAGAAGUUGGAAGCUUGUGUAAAGAUAGUUGAAUCUGAAAAUUCGUCUUUGUUGAAGAAAAUUGAAGCUGAUCAAGCUGAGAUUGAUAUUAUGAAAGUUCGAAUUGCAGGGUUGGAAGAAGAAAAGGCUCGUAGAGAUGAACAGAAUGAAUAUUUCAAGUUGAAGAACAAAUAA